UCUCCAGAGCACAAAGCUUGUCACUUGGUUGCCAAGAGCUGGUCUGAGAUAUCCCUUCAUCAUGAACACCUACAGCUUUAGGCAAUCCUCUUCUAACAUUGGUGGUGGAGGGUUUGGUGGUUCUUCCUCUUUUAGAACUCCAAGCAUCCAUGGGGGAUCUGGUGGCUAUGGCAUCUCUGUCUCUUCUGCUAGAUUAGCCUCUUCUGGGUUUGGAGGAAGCCUAGGUGGUGGCUAUGGUGGUGGCUAUGGUGGUGGAAGUUUCAACUUUGGGAGUGGCUGCUUUGGUGGAGCUGGUGGGGCUGGAGGAAACAUAAAUGCCAGUGAUGGCCUCCUUUCGGGAAAUGAAAAGGUAACUAUGCAGAAUUUGAAUGACCGCCUGGCAAACUACCUGGACAAAGUGCGUGCCCUGGAGGAGGCAAAUACUGAGCUAGAGGUUAAAAUCCGAGAGUGGUACCAGAAGCAGGGACCGACUGCAACCCGUGAUUACAGCCCAUAUUACAAGACCAUUGAAGACCUCCGGGACAAGAUCCUGGUUGCAACAAUUGAAAAUAACAAAAUGAUCCUGCAGAUUGAUAAUGCCAGGUUGGCUGCUGAUGACUUUAAAACCAAGUUUGAGACUGAGCAAGCCCUGCGCAUGAGUGUGGAAGCUGAUAUCAAUGGCUUACGCCGAGUGUUGGAUGAGCUGACCUUGGCUAGAACUGACCUGGAGCUGCAAAUUGAAAGCUUGAAAGAAGAACUGGCUUAUCUCAAGAAGAACCAUGAGGAGGAAAUGAGUGCUUUGUCUGGCCAACUAGGUGGCCAAGUGAGUGUGGAAGUUGAUUCUGCCCCAGGCAUUGACCUCACCAAGAUUCUGGCAGACAUGAGAGACCAGUAUGAGCUGCUGGCUGACAAGAACCGAAGGGAUGCGGAGGCAUGGUUUACGAGCAAGACUGAAGAACUGACCAAAGAGGUUGCCAUCAAUACUGAACAGCUGCAGACCAGCAAGACUGAAAUUACUGACUUGAGAAGGACUCUCCAAGGUUUGGAAAUAGAGCUGCAAUCCCAGCUUAGCAUGAAAUCUGCCCUGGAAGGCACCUUAGGAGACACCGAAGCUCGCUAUGGCGCCCAGCUCUGCCAAAUCCAAAGUCUGAUCAGCAACCUAGAAGCCCAGCUGGUUGAUGUCCGCAGUGACAUGGAGAGGCAGAACAACGACUAUAAGAUGUUGAUGGACAUCAAAAGCCGUCUGGAGCAAGAGAUUGAGACUUAUCGUCAGCUCCUGGACGGCCAGGACUUCAACUUUUCAGCUGGAAUAAUUGAAUGGACUCAGCUAGAACUUGAUAACUUGGAUCAAAAGACAAGAAAACUAAUGACAAUGCACUGUGCUCUGCACCCAAAAAGUGAUAUUGAUCAAUUGUACUUGCCAAGAUCUCAGGAUGGCAAAGGACUCUUACAGGUGAAACAAACUGUGGAAGAGGAAAAACACAGCUUAAAUGACUACAUACAAAAAGAAAAAGAGCCUCUGCUGAAGGAGACCAAGCCGAGUAACAGUCUUGCAUCUGAACUUUCUUUCACGAUGUCACACUAUUAUCAAAGCUCCUCUUCUUCUUAUGGUGGUGGUGGCGGCGGUGGUUCUGGCCGUGUUGCUUCUGUCCGCCAUGGGCCAUCCAGUAUCCAUGGGGGAGCUGGUGGCCGUGUAUCUGCCUCUUCAGCUAGGUUUGUAUCUUCUGGUUCAGGAUAUGGAGGCGGUUAUGGAUAUGGAAGUGGCUUAGGAGGUGGUUGUGCUAUUGGAUAUGGUUCUGUAGGUGGUCUUGGCUACGGAAAUUACUUUGGUAGUAGUGGAGGCUAUGGUGGUGGAGUUGGUGGAGGCUAUGGUUGUGGAGUUGGUGGAGGCUAUGGUGGUGGAGUUGGUGGAGGCUAUGGUGGUGGUCUUGACUUUGUGGUUGGUGGUGGUGGUGGUGGUGAUGGAGGCCUUCUGACUGGAAAUGAGAAGAUCACCAUGCAAAAUCUCAAUGACCGCUUGGCAAAUUACUUGGAUAAGGUGCGAGCCCUAGAGGAGGCUAACACUGAGUUAGAGAUCAAGAUCCGAGACUGGCAUCAAAAGCAGGCACCCUCUAGCCCAGCCAAGGACUACAGCCAUUAUUACAAGAUAAUUUCGGAUCUCCGUGACAAGAUUCAUGAUGCUACAAUUGAUAAUUCUAGGACUAUUUUGGAGAUUGAUAAUGCUAGACUGGCUGCUGAUGACUUCAGACUGAAGUAUGAGAAUGAGCUGCAUCUCCGCCAGGGAGUUGAGAGUGACAUCAAUGGUCUGCGCAGAGUCCUGGAUGAACUAACUCUGUUUAAAUCUGACAUGGAAAUGCAAAUCGAAGAGAAGAAGGAAGAUCUGGCCUAUCUCAAGAAGAACCAUGAGGAGUUAAUGAAAGAAUUCAGUACUCAGCUAACUGGAAAGGUCAGUGUUGAGAUGGAUGCUGCACCUGGAGUUGAUCUCACCAAAAUUUUGGCUGACAUGAGAGAACAAUAUGAACAAAUGGCUGAGAGGAACCGCAAAGAUGCUGAGGCCUGGUUCUUUACUAAGACCGAAGAACUGAAUCGUGAAGUUGCUACCCACACUGAACAACUACAGACAAGUAAGACUGAGAUUUCAGAACUAAGACGUACAAUACAGAGUUUGGAGAUUGAACUGCAAUCACAGCUUAGCAUGAAAGCUGGCUUGGAAACCAGUUUAGCAGAGACAGAAGGACGGUAUUGUGCUCAGCUAGCACAAAUCCAGAACCUGAUCACAAAUGUAGAAGAACAGCUGGCUGAGUUAAGAAAUGACAUGGAACGUCAGAAUCAUGAAUACAGGAUGCUAAUGGAUAUCAAAACACGGCUGGAACAGGAGAUUGCCACUUACCGAAACCUGUUGGAGGGUCAAGACUCAAAACUCCCAGGCUGGUCUCCAAAAGAUGCAACCUAUGGAGGAAGCAGCACAAUCAACUACAGUAGUGGUGGCAGCGGCAGUGGUGGUGGUGGUGCCAUCAGUGGCAGCGGCUACAGCAGUGGUGGCAGUAGCGUCACUACCAGCAAAGUGCGUUCUGGAAACUUCUGAAUCUCCUGAAAAGUGCAUUCACCUAUUGGAUGGGCUUCCUUCCUUAAAGACCAAGCAGUUUCAGCACCGCCACAGAAUCUUUCUUUUUGCAGAAGUAUGCCUCGGCUUGGCUACUUUCUUCACAGUGACCGCUUUCCAGCUUUGCCUGACUCAUCUUAGCCAAUUCUCAUUCUAUAUUGCUCAUCAUAAUAAAAAUCCUCUUUGGGCUUGAUUUUGCAAAUAAAAA